AUGGUGCUGCUGAGGGUCCUCGUCCUGCUCUGCUCCUGGGCGGCCGGAGCCGGAGGUCAGUAUGGAAAUCCUCUAAAUAAAUAUAUAAGACAUUAUGAAGGACUGUCGUACGAUGUGGAUUCAUUACACCAAAAACACCAGCGUGCCAAAAGAGCAGUUUCCCACGAAGACCAAUUUCUGCGCUUAGAUUUUCAUGCUCAUGGAAGACAUUUUAAUCUGAGACUGAAGAGAGAGAUGUCUCUCUUUAGUGAUGACUUUAAGCUAGAGAUGUCAGAUAAAGUAUUUGAUUAUGAUACCUCCCAUAUUUACACUGGGCACAUUUAUGGUGAACAGGGAAGCUUUAGCCAUGGAUCUGUUGUUGAUGGAAGAUUUGAGGGAUUCGUUAAGACUCACACUGGAACUUUUUAUAUUGAGCCAGCAGAAAGAUAUGUUAAGGACAAAGCCCUACCUUUUCAUUCUGUCAUGUAUCAUGAAGAUGAUAUCAAAUAUCCCCAUAAGUAUGGACCACAAGGCGGUUGUGCAGAUCAUGCCGUCUUUGAAAGGAUGAGAAAAUACCAAAUGGCCGGGGGGGCAGAAGAAGAGCCAAGGCACCAGCCAUCUGAGGAACAGAUCAGAGACGACCCUGAGCUCUUGAGGAGAAAACGAGCCGCGCAAGCUGAAAAGAACACUUGUCAACUCUAUAUUCAAACCGAUCAUCUUUUCUUCAGGUAUUACGGAACCCGAGAAGCUGUGAUUGCACAGAUUUCCAGCCAUGUUAAAGCAAUUGACACAAUUUACCAAUCUACAGAUUUCUCAGGAAUCAGAAAUAUCAGUUUUAUGGUAAAACGAAUUAGAAUCAACACUACCCAAGAUGAAAAAGAUCCUUCUAAUCCCUUCAGAUUUCCAAACAUUGGUGUGGAGAAAUUUCUAGAACUUAAUUCUGAGCAGAAUCAUGAUGAUUAUUGUUUGGCCUACGUGUUUACUGAUCGUGAUUUUGAUGAUGGUGUCCUUGGCUUGGCCUGGGUUGGAGCACCUUCAGGGAGCUCUGGUGGAAUCUGUGAAAAAAGCAAGCUUUAUUCUGAUGGGAAAAAGAAGUCCCUAAAUACUGGCAUAAUCACUGUGCAAAACUACGGUUCCCAUGUCCCUCCUAAGGUCUCCCACAUCACCUUUGCACACGAAGUGGGACAUAACUUUGGUUCUCCUCAUGAUUCUGGAACAGAGUGCACUCCAGGAGAGUCCAAAAACCCGGGGCAAAAAGAAAAUGGCAAUUACAUAAUGUAUGCACGGGCAACCUCUGGUGACAAACUGAACAACAAUAAAUUCUCUAUCUGUAGUAUUCGGAAUAUCAGCCAAGUGCUUGAAAAAAAGAGGAAUAAUUGUUUUGUUGAAUCCGGCCAACCCAUCUGUGGAAACGGGCUGGUAGAGCAAGGCGAGCAGUGUGAUUGUGGCUACAGUGACCAGUGCAAAGAUGAGUGCUGCUACGAUGCCAACCAGCCGGAGGACAAGAAGUGCAAGCUGAGACCCGGCAAGAGUUGCAGCCCCAGUGAAGGCCCCUGUUGUACACAGAAUUGUGAAUUCAAGAAAGAGCGGGAAAAGUGCCGGAAUGAUUCUGAGUGUGCAGAAGAAGGGAGGUGUGACGGUAACUCUUCUUUCUGCCCCACAUCUACACCAAAGAAAAACCUGACCGAGUGCAACAGAAACACCCAAGUUUGCGUCAGUGGUCAAUGUGCUGGCUCUAUCUGUGAGAAAUUCGACUUAGAAGAAUGUACCUGUGCCAGCUCUGAUGCAAAGGAUGACAGAGAACUAUGCCACGUCUGUUGCAUGAAGAAAAUGCAUCCGGAAAGCUGUGCCAGUACAGGAUCUGAAGCAUGGAAGGCUCACUUCAGUUAUAAAACCAUUACCCUCCAGCCUGGGUCCCCCUGCAAUGAUUUCAAAGGCUACUGUGAUGUAUUCAUGCGCUGUCGUUUGGUGGAUGCAGAUGGACCCCUGGCCAGGCUGAAGAAGGCCAUUUUCAACCCAGAACUCUAUGAAAACAUUGCCGAGUGGAUUGUGGCGCACUGGUGGGCCGUCCUGCUCAUGGGCAUUGCGCUCAUCAUGUUGAUGGCAGGGUUCAUUAAGAUAUGCAGCGUUCACACCCCAAGCAGCAAUCCGAAGCUGCCGCCACCCAAACCCCUUCCAGGCACUUUGAAGCGAAGGAGACCCCCCCCGACGACUCAGGCCCCUCCACGCCAGAGGCCCCGAGAGAGCUACCAGAUGGGCCACAUGAGACGCUAAGGGCUGCUUUUUGCCUUGGUUCUUCCUAGUGCCUACAGUGGGAAAAUUUCACUCCAAAGAAAACCUGUAUUAAGUCAUUGUCCCUGGUCAAUGGAGGAGGCUCUCAGACCCUGAGAUCCCCUUUCCCUGCCCCAAAGCGAAGUGGCCGGCCGUGAAGCAGAUCUUUAGCAGUCUUAAGCAAAGCGUUUCUCUCCUCCUCAGCUAGCUCUUCACGGUUGCCUUUCCUACACUUGCAGGCAAAGGUAGCUCUGAUGGAACCUCUUCACAGGAAUUAAAGCAUCUCUUUCAGCUGCCGGGCUAGGAAGCGAGACUGCCUCAAUGGGGGAGACGUUACUUUGCCAAUGUACAUAAGUGGUUAUAUGCAGACAUUGUAUUUCUAAUGUACACCUGUACUUCUGUGUGCAAUUGUAAAACAAUAUAAUUGCAAUAUGGAUGUUUCUUUAUAUUAUAAACCUUUUAUGCUC